AUGACAAAAAGCCCCACAGAGUCAACAUACAAGGUCAAACUCGGAACCUAUGGUAUAACGAAAAGCCCCACAGAGUCAACAUACAAGGUCAAACUCGGAACCUAUGGUAUAACGAAAAGCCCCACAGAGUCAACAUACAAGGUCAAACUCGGAACCUAUGGUAUAACGAAAAGCCCCACAGAGUCAACAUACAAGGUCAAACUCGGAACCUAUGGUAUAACGAAAAGCCCCACAGAGUCAACAUACAAGGUCAAACUCGGAACCUAUGGUAUAACGAAAAGCCCCACAGAGUCAACAUACAAGGUCAAACUCGGAACCUAUGGUAUAACGAAAAGCCCCACAGAGUCAACAUACAAGGUCAAACUCGGAACCUAUGGUAUAACGAAAAGCCCCACAGAGUCAACAUACAAGGUCAAACUCGGAACCUAUGGUAUAACGAAAAGCCCCACAGAGUCAACAUACAAGGUCAAACUCGGAACCUAUGGUAUAACGAAAAGCCCCACAGAGUCAACAUACAAGGUCAAACUCGGAACCUAUGGUAUAACGAAAAGCCCCACAGAGUCAACAUACAAGGUCAAACUCGGAACCUAUGGUAUAACGAAAAGCCCCACAGAGUCAACAUACAAGGUCAAACUCGGAACCUAUGGUAUAACGAAAAGCCCCACAGAGUCAACAUACAAGGUCAAACUCGGAACCUAUGGUAUAACGAAAAGCCCCACAGAGUCAACAUACAAGGUCAAACUCGGAACCUAUGGUAUAACGAAAAGCCCCACAGAGUCAACAUACAAGGUCAAACUCGGAACCUAUGGUAUAACGAAAAGCCCCACAGAGUCAACAUACAAGGUCAAACUCGGAACCUAUGGUAUAACGAAAAGCCCCACAGAGUCAACAUACAAGGUCAAACUCGGAACCUAUGGUAUAACGAAAAGCCCCACAGAGUCAACAUACAAGGUCAAACUCGGAACCUAUGGUAUAACGAAAAGCCCCACAGAGUCAACAUACAAGGUCAAACUCGGAACCUAUGGUAUAACGAAAAGCCCCACAGAGUCAACAUACAAGGUCAAACUCGGAACCUAUGGUAUAACGAAAAGCCCCACAGAGUCAACAUACAAGGUCAAACUCGGAACCUAUGGUAUAACGAAAAGCCCCACAGAGUCAACAUACAAGGUCAAACUCGGAACCUAUGGUAUAACGAAAAGCCCCACAGAGUCAACAUACAAGGUCAAACUCGGAACCUAUGGUAUAACGAAAAGCCCCACAGAGUCAACAUACAAGGUCAAACUCGGAACCUAUGGUAUAACGAAAAGCCCCACAGAGUCAACAUACAAGGUCAAACUCGGAACCUAUGGUAUAACGAAAAGCCCCACAGAGUCAACAUACAAGGUCAAACUCGGAACCUAUGGUAUAACGAAAAGCCCCACAGAGUCAACAUACAAGGUCAAACUCGGAACCUAUGGUAUAACGAAAAGCCCCACAGAGUCAACAUACAAGGUCAAACUCGGAACCUAUGGUAUAACGAAAAGCCCCACAGAGUCAACAUACAAGGUCAAACUCGGAACCUAUGGUAUAACGAAAAGCCCCACAGAGUCAACAUACAAGGUCAAACUCGGAACCUAUGGUAUAACGAAAAGCCCCACAGAGUCAACAUACAAGGUCAAACUCGGAACCUAUGGUAUAACGAAAAGCCCCACAGAGUCAACAUACAAGGUCAAACUCGGAACCUAUGGUAUAACGAAAAGCCCCACAGAGUCAACAUACAAGGUCAAACUCGGAACCUAUGGUAUAACGAAAAGCCCCACAGAGUCAACAUACAAGGUCAAACUCGGAACCUAUGGUAUAACGAAAAGCCCCACAGAGUCAACAUACAAGGUCAAACUCGGUACCUAUGGUAUAACGAAAAGCCCCACAGAGUCAACAUACAAGGUCAAACUCGGUACCUAUGGUAUAACGAAAAGCCCCACAGAGUCAACAUACAAGGUCAAACUCGGUACCUAUGGUAUAACGAAAAGCCCCACAGAGUCAACAUACAAGGUCAAACUCGGUACCUAUGGUAUAACGAAAAGCCCCACAGAGUCAACAUACAAGGUCAAACUCGGUACCUAUGGUAUAACGAAAAGCCCCACAGAGUCAACAUACAAGGUCAAACUCGGUACCUAUGGUAUAACGAAAAGCCCCACAGAGUCAACAUACAAGGUCAAACUCGGUACCUAUGGUAUAACGAAAAGCCCCACAGAGUCAACAUACAAGGUCAAACUCGGUACCUAUGGUAUAACGAAAAGCCCCACAGAGUCAACAUACAAGGUCAAACUCGGUACCUAUGGUAUAACGAAAAGCCCCACAGAGUCAACAUACAAGGUCAAACUCGGAACCUAUGGUAUAACGAAAAGCCCCACAGAGUCAACAUACAAGGUCAAACUCGGAACCUAUGGUAUAACGAAAAGCCCCACAGAGUCAACAUACAAGGUCAAACUCGGAACCUAUGGUAUAACGAAAAGCCCCACAGAGUCAACAUACAAGAUCAAACUCGAUACCUAUGAUAUAACAAAAAGCCGCACAGAGUCAACAUUAAAAUCAAACUCGAUACCUAUGGUAUAG